AUGGCGAGUGGAUUCCGUACGGUGAGCCUGGGGGGUAAAAACAAUAAACUGAGACAUGUCCAGUCCUUGCGGAGGCAGGUGUUCAUGUACUUAGACUCUCCAUCACAAAUGCUGGAUGUGUCAUUCAGAGUGAAGCACGAGGAAGGGUAUUACACUGUGUAUGCUAGUUCUGGUGUGAUGAAAUGCUUUGAGUGUGGAGAUGUGGGUCACAAGCAUGUUGCUUGUCCCCACCGACAAAAUGCAGCAGGACCAGGAGCAGAGACCGAGGCAGAACCUGCAGUCCCCUCUCUUCUGGCGGGGAUCAGGACCGGUGUCACGGUGAGUGACACCGUGACUGGUGGCCCGCAGGGAGAGAGUGAGGGCGCAACAGGGACAGAAACAAUGGCCGGCAGUUUUUCAGUUCCUGACGGAACCAAAGCCGGUACUGGCUCUGACCCAGUGGAGCAGCAGCCAGAACAGGCGGAACAUGGAGGCCUACAGCCGACUGGUGACGCAUCUGCCUCUUUAGAGGUGCAUUUACCAGAGGAAGGACUAGAGGAUCAGGUAGAAACAGGCCAAAAGGCAGGGAUACAGCCUGUAACUAACAGAGGACAGCUAGACGGUCAGGAUGCACAGGUUCCUUGUUGUGAGCUGGGAGAGUCCCAGCCACAACCCGGUACAAAGAAUACUAAACCCGACGCACUCUCUAGACAAUAUGCUCCAGACCGGGAUAACCCACCAUCGACCAUCCUUCCCUCCAAUUGUGUGGUAGGGAGCGUCACCUGGGAGAUCCGGGAGCAGGUACUGGAGGCCCUUAAGACUGACCCUGGUCCAGACAACGGCCCCCCGGGUAAACUGUUUGUUCCCCAAUCUGUUAGAGGCAAGGUCAUUCACUGGGCUCAUGCUGGUCGGUUCUCCUUACAUCCGGGGGUGGCACGCACUGUGGCCCUUAUUAAACGUACAUUUUGGUGGCCGUCCAUUUUUAAAGAUACCAAGGACUAUGUUUCUGGUUGUCACACCUGUUCCCAACACAAGGGGGACCAUCGCCUCCCAGCCGGUCUACUCCAGCCUCUGCCUACUCCCUCACGGCCUUGGUCGCACAUCGCCCUGGACUUCGUCUGUGGUCUCCCCAUCUCCCACGGUUUCACCUCCAUUCUUACCAUAGUCGACCGGUUUUCAAAGGCUUGCCACCUGGUGCCCCUUAAAUCUCUCCCUUCAUCCACAGGCACAGCGCAGCUCCUGGUUAAGCAUGUGUUCCGUCUCCAUGGCAUCCCGGAGGAGAUCCUGUCGGAUCGGGGUCCGCAGUUCGUGUCCCAAGUAUGGAGGGAGUUCGCAGAGGCCUUGGGGGCGAAAGUGGCACUUACCUCCGGACACCACCCCCAAACCAACGGCCAAUGCGAACGGAUGAACCAGGAGCUGGGGGCCAUGCUGCGCUGUGUCUGCUCCAUUCACCCGUCGUCCUGGAGCACCCAUCUUCCCUGGGUGGAGUAUGCCCAUAACAGCCACAUCUCUACAGCUACAGGUCAGUCCCCGUUUGAGGCUUCCCUUGGUUUUCAACCCUCGCUUUUCCCCGCACAAUCUACGCCUGGCUCCUCCGUUCCCCAAUUCCUCCGUUGUGCCCGUCGUGCCUGGACCACCACCAGGGCGGCGCUGGAUCGCACUGCACAGAGGAACAAGCAGAUAGCUGAUCGCCGACGGCGUCCGGCCCCAGUCUACGUCCCAGGGCAGUCUGUGUGGUUAUCGUCCAGGGACAUUCCACUGAAGGCCUCUUCCCGUAAGUUAUCUCCCCGGUUCAUUGGUCCCUUUAAAGUUUUGGCUGUUCCGUCCCCCACUACGGUCCGCCUGGACCUCCCUCAGACCCUACGUGUGCACCCGGUGUUCCACGUCUCCCUGGUCAAGCCUGUGGUCACUAGUCCUCUCUGUCCCGUGCCUGCACCUCCUCCUCCGGCUCGCCUGCACCAGGGGGACUUGAUCUACACUGUUCGCAGGAUCCUGGACUCCCGUCCCCGCGGUCGGGGUAUGCAGUACCUUGUGGACUGGGAGGGCUACGGUCCCGAGGAACGCUCCUGGGUGCCACGCUCUGCCAUCCUGGAUCCUUCCCUCAUUCGGGAUUAUGAGGCUGCUGCGGCUAGGACGCCUGGAGGCGUCCGUUGAGGGGGGGGUACUGUUGUGAGCUGGGAGGUGAGCACUCCACACACACCAUGACAUCACCUGGCUUGUGAGUUCUGUUUUCAGGAGAGAGAGCAGCAGCUGCAAUCAAUCAGCUGAUCAGUGGGUGGCCUUCAUAAGGAGGACGGAGGACACUGCUAAGCCGCCGGAUGAUUACGCCUACUGGCUCAGUCAUCUUUCCAUACACCACCUCCUCGCUGAGACCUUUUGGAUUUACUACUCGACCAUACUACGUCUGGACUUCACUCCCGGUUCCCGUCCUCCUCACGGCACUAACUGCUUCCAGCACUACAGGCUCUCUCUCUCCUUCCCUCCGGUUGUAAAACCUUGCCGAUCUUCAUCACCCCGGAAUACUCAUUCACUCUCCCAGCUCACCCCUCCCUGGAGAUCCUCCACCACGCUACAUCUACGCUGCUCCCGUUUACCCAUUCACUGGAUUUCCAGUGCACCCUAAGUUCUAGUU